GGUAUUAGUAUAAUCACAGCACAGCACCGCACAGCACAUCACACGACAGGGCAAUGCAUGGUAAACCGCUCAUUUAACCGGUAAAUUCACAGUGGUAAAGUUUUGUUGAAAAGGCAGCAACUGCGUUUGUAAUUAACUGACCGGUGAAUUCAUGUUUCAGCAUCGCACUUUAAAACAAAACCGUUAGAAUUACAAAUGAAACCGUUGUGUUCGUCCUCCAUGCUUACAGCAAAAUACACAUGUACAUUUACACAAAAAGCUACAAAAUCUAUUGCAAUAAAACAUACAUACAUUAUCUAUCGCAUAAAUAAUGUAUGAACCUUGUCAUCUGACACAGCGAGUAAGACCGCACUACAGAACCAGAGCACAGUGGGCAGGACUGCACAACACCCGGAUGUAGAAAGGUACAGACAUUCCCGUCAGGAUUUGCCUCCAGCAUCAGCAAACAGAACAAUAUUCUCCUGGCACGAGAAAGAACGAUGCCACAGCCUUGAUUUUCAAAUAUUACAAUUGGCUGCAAGCAUGGAGGACGAUUUAGUAUCGGAAGAUGACAUUUUACUUCGCUCAGAAAAGGACUUCCACGAUGCAGCCAAAAGGAAUGACACUGAGAGGAUGCUUGAGCUGAUGAGGAGAGGGGUGGACAUCAAGGCCAAAAACAACAUAGAUAGAACGGCCCUGCACUGGGCGGCAGGAGCAGGUCAUGAGCAGGCCCUGCGGAUGCUGCUGGAGCACGAUGCUGGGGUGGAGGAUGAAGACAGCUUUGGUAUGAAUGCCCUUCUCCUGGCUUCCUGGUUUGGUCAUUCCAAGAUCCUUCAAAUCCUCGUGAACGCUGGAGCGAAGAUCAACUGUGAAAACAAAAAUGGGUUGAAUGUACUGCACUGUGCUGCUCAGAGAGGUCACAUAAAUGUCAUGGAGUUCAUUAUGGAGGACCUGGAGGAUGUGCGUCUCGAUAAAGUUGACAAGGUGGGCAGAACCGCGUUCCACCUGGCUGCAGAGCACGGUCAGCUGGAAGUGGUGGAGUUUCUCAUUGGCUCUGGCUGCACACAUGGGCUGAAAGACAAGGUCCAGAACACAGCCCUGCACUUAGCAGCAAAGAACGGACAUGCUGAGGUGCUGCAGAAAAUUGUGGAAACUGGAGUGGAUGUCGAUGAAAAGAACAUUGAAGGGUUGACAGCUCUGCAUUUGGCCGCUGACGGGGGCCACUAUGAGUGUGUUAAACUGCUGCUAGACUCGUGCUGCGACAUUAAUGUUCAAACAAAUAGAAAUAUGACUGCCCUACAUUACGCUGCAUUCCAUGGUUUUGAGAAAGUCAUCCGACUGCUCAUUGAAGGAGGGAUAAGCACAGAUGCUGUUAACUAUCAGCAUGCCACUGCUGUUCACAUCGCUGUGCUCAACAACUUCCCAGCGGCAGUGAAAAUCCUCAUUGAUGCUGAAUGUGACCUUGACAUUGCUGACAAUAGGCAGCAGACAGCCCUUCACAUAGCAGCAGAGCAUGGGAGACAAGACAUUGCUGAAAUGAUUCUUAUAGCUGGUGUCAAUUUAAAACUGCUUGACAAGCAGGGAAAGACCUCCCUGGAUGUAGCUGCAAGAGGAAACCAUGUGAACCUUGUGGAUAUGAUUAUCAAAGCAGACAGGUUUUAUAAAUGGGAAAAGGACAAUCUUAAUAGCGACUCAGAUUCCUGGGUGGGAAAACAUUUAACCUUCAAACAGGAUCACAGACUGGAGACACAGCACAUCCGCUCUGUAAUGUGGAGACUAGCAACGAAAUACCUCAAACCUAACGAGUGGAAGAAAUUAGCACAUUACUGGAAAUUCACUGAGGCCCACAUUAGGGCAAUGGAGCAGCAAUGGACUGGCACAAAGAGCCAUAAGGAGCACGGCCACAGAAUGCUGCUCAUCUGGCUGCAUGGCGUGAUCAUGGCAGGAGAGAAUCCAAUCAAAGGGCUGUAUGAGGGCCUUGUUGGAAUCAGCAGGAGAGACUUGGCAGAAAGCAUCAGAAGGAAAGCAAAUGCAGAUUCGGAUUCUCCAAAGAAGUGCAUAACCAUGUGAGACCUGUAUCUGCAGUGAAAAGGGAACACACUGGUGCUUCCUUAGAACAAACUCCUUGCAUCACCAGAGACCAACUGACAAAGGGAACAAUGUUCAGCAUAGGAAACCAUUGCCAUUUUCUGCAAUGUAUUUCAAGCUAGUAAGGGCUACUGCCUGCCACUUAAACUGGCACUUUGAUCAUUCCCUCUAAAGGCCAAAAGCACUUUUUAAAAGCCUUUGUCCGUAGAAGUUAUAUUUCUAAUUUGCCUUCAGUUGUGAUGCAUUUCUUAAUUGCACACAGUGCAACCUGGUGGCUAAAUUACGUAACUGGAACAAUAAUCUUACACUGUACCAUUUUUUUUUUUCUCUGGACACAGACAGAAGCACAGUAUUCUUUCAAAUGCAGGGGUUUUAAAAAUGUUUUUGUAUUGUCAAUAUGCAACAAUAAGCUUCCGUGUUAUUUUUGUAUCAGUCCUAACACACUGUAUUUGUGUUGUUUUCUAUUGCACCUCCAAUUCCUUUUACAGGGUAUUCUAAUCUUAUGUCACUCACUGUUUCAGCAGAGGUUAUGUUAAUUAUAUUUUAAACAAACCUGGCCACACAUUUUGUUCUGUAAUUCUGAAAAGGGUUUAUCCUGCGUUAUAGUUUGGUGCCAUUAUCCUUAAAUUGAUAUUAUUAUAAAACAAAAUCUAUACCACAGACUAGUGAAUCCUUUUUUUAAUUAAAUAAAACAUUUUGUAC